GAGGGGCAGAGAGUGAGAGGCAGAGGUAGAGAGGGUGAGUUUCUAUCGUAAGGGGACGGAGGAACCACAGAUCCUUUCUCUCCUUGCAGCUCACCUUUAGGAACAGAAAAAAACUGAGAAGUUUGGAAACAGGCGAAAGAAAGAAAAAAAGGAUAUGAAAAGAACAUGAAAGAAAGAUAUCGUCAUUAAACGCACUACGAAGUUCUCUCUUUCCCUCUCUUCCUCCAUCUCGUACCUCUCUCAAUUUAAUCUUAAAUCCACUCCAAUUUCCCCCGAGGGACUCAAUUCUCUCUUUUCCUCCAGAGACAGAAGGAGAGGGGUCCAUUCCUCCUGGUAUCGUGACACCAGGAAUUUCCUCUUUCUCUCUGCUUCACUCCCUCACUCCCUCACAACUUCCUCUCCACCAUGACACUGCUGGCCUCCGAGAGGUCGCUUCUCAUCCGGAACAAGUUCCGCUCAGUCCUGCAGUUGAGGAUUCAGAACCGAAGGCAGAGUGAAAUCAAUGCAGACCCAGGGUUGAAAUCUAUCAGUCCCCCUAAAAAAGCAGAGACAGACCAGAGUGAAGCUCUGCGUCUAACUGACGAUGGUGCCACUCAGAAGUUGCCCCCUAGUGGUCUGAACACUGAAACUGCACAAGAGAGGACUGUGUCUGGCGCCCAGAGGCAGAAGAAGGCUCGCCAGGCGCAGGACCUCACUGAGAGGAUCCAACAUCCGCCUGGACCCGUGGAGCAGCAGCACGAACACACACUGCCCCUGGAGAACCGUCCUGCCUCUUUCCCUCUGUCCGCUGAUGUCUUCGAAGAUGACAUCUCCUCCUGCUCCUCCUCCUCACCCAAUGAGCAAAAUGGUGUUCACCAAUCACCGGCCUUAUCUUCUUUGCCAGGGCUCUCAGGUGACCAGUUACUCAGUGACUUCUCAGCUGUGGGCCCGCCCCUUAACCACAGCCCCAAUCAUGCUCAGUCUGGUUUGGCGUUGCUCCCGGCAACCGAGGGCAUCAGACAACCUAUGAGUGUAACACUGGGUGAAUCGAACUCCAUGGCAACAACUGGGAGACCAAAUGGGAUGUAUCUGACCUCUCAGACCACACCCCUGCUGCCAAAGACAGCUCGCCCUCCCAGCCCUGCCUGCUCAUCAUCCCUGCCCUCCUCCCUAAACUUCAACCACCUACCGCGCCCACGGAAACCGAGGGACACCAAACCCAAGAUGAGGAAACUCAAGUAUCACCAGUACAUUCCUCCAGACCAGAGAGGAGGGUCAGGGACUGGAGGGGGAGGAGCCAAACAGAAGAGCCCUACCCCUACCCAGUCUUUAGACCCAGCCUAUUCCCAUAUCCUGAAGCAGCAGCAGGUCUUCCUUCAGCUUCAAAUCCUCCAGAACCAGCAGCAGCAGCAGCAGCAGCAGCAACAACAACAACAACAACAACAACAACAACAGCUACAACCACAACAACAGCUCACUGUUGUACCCAGCGGAGACCACAGCGAUCUUGUGAAGUCCUCUGGAGCCAUGCCCCUGAACCCCCAACCUGUUCCUGCCACAACAAACCACACCCCUAUGGACACAAACCCCACAUCCAAACCUGAGCUUCUCCCAGCAAAUCUUGUUGAUCUGACAGUGUCAGAGUUGCGGCAGCAGCUGCGUAAGCGUGGCCUCCCUGUCUCCGGUACCAAGCCUGCCCUGUUGCAGCGUCUUCGCCCCUUCCAGCUUCCCCACGCUUGCCUCACCCCUGCUCCCCUCUCUCAGCUGGGUGCCAGUGUGGAGCCCCUCACCCCGCUGCCACCCAGCCAGAGCCCUGGCUCAAGUUCCAGCUCUGGACCGGACUCGCCCAGUAGCAGCCCCAACCAACAGCUCUACAUCCAGGACAGAGGAAUUCCUAAUGGGAUUCUCGGUGAUCGUCCAAAUGGAAUUCUGAACAAUGUCCCAAACAGGUUCAUAAAUGCUGCGCCGGUCAGUUUGCCAGGUGAACAGUGCGGUCUUACCAACGCUGUCUUCCUGGCUCCUGCCAGCACCGCCUCAGGAACUCCCAGUCCCAGUCUACCCAUGUCGUCCUCCUCACCCCUGCAGUGUGGGACUCCCUGGAGAACUGAGAACGAGCAGCAGCAGCAGCAACAGCAGGAGCUGAGUGUGGAGCUGGAGAUGAGGGAGAGGAUAAGGAGCAGACCCAGGGACCGCUCCACUAACGCAGGCAAUGAGUCUUGUGAAGGAUCCCUUCAUCCCUUCCUGCAACAGGAUCCAGGAUGCUCCAGGGGGAAGCCAGAAACAGAUGCACAGACUGAGGUGUUGUUUACACAGGUGUUUUGCUUCCAACCAUGUGAUGUGAUUGGCCAGGACUUUGAGCUGCCAGUGCAGAUUACUGCGAGUCCUGUGCAGACCUUGCCAGGUGUCCGGAGUUUGGAAGAAGAACUACAAGAGGCUAUCCAGAAAGCACAGAUGGACCCUCGGCAGUCUAUAGAUGACAUUCUGGAUGAACCUAUUGCUUCUGUUGGCUCUGUCAAUGUGUCUGAUCAUAAAUCUUCUGCCCACUCUGCUCCUGGCCCUUCUCCUCCUCCUCCUCCUCCUCUUCCUUCUCCUCAAGCCGAUCAGCCCCAGGCCACCCAGCAGCACACCAGGGAUGACAACUUCCUGCCCUCGCCCCUUUGCUCCUCUCUCUUGCUGGAGCUUCCCCCAUCUCCAGCUGUGAUAAACCCCAGCCAGGUUGUCCCAGCUCCUCCCCCACCUCCCAUUUGCACCUCCCCUCUGCCGUCCACUGGGAAGUCACGGAAACGACGGGCUCCGACACCUUUUGACGCUGCUGACUGGCUUGAAACGCUGACGUCUGGCCUCCGCCCUCUUACUCCACCGACAGCUCCCUUUGUUGAGUCAGACUUCAGUCUGGAUUCAGAUCUGAAUGUCAAUCGAGUGUUGGAUCUGAUGAUAGAGCAGUGGUGAGGACUUGUGCGCACAUAUCUGUUUGUAACUCCUUUGUAUGUACAGUAGGUGAGCGUUGUAUUUUUUGAUGGUUAUUAAUGCGGCUAACUGUAUGCAUCCCACUGAGGGCACAAGAUUGUGAAUAGAGACCUCCAUCCAUCCAUCCAUCCAUCCAUCCAUCCAUCCAUCACUGAUAGGCUGUUAGAGUCACAGGCUCCACGCAAUGUCGAGAGCUGGAUUCAUUGCAGCGAUCAGAUCAAACAUGGCUUUGAUGGGGCAACGAGAGCUCAAACACACGCAAACACAUGCACGCUACGCACACAUAAACAGUACAGAGCGCUGUUUAAAAGCACUUGGGCUCAGCCAGAAAUGGCAAACAAGCAACACAUCUGUGGAUUGACACACUCCACAGCACAAUGUUUGCAGUGCAAAACAAAAGAAAACCUGGUGGCGUAUUAAUUUAAACAUGCUUCCUGACUGCACUGGGAGAAUGUUGUUUCUGACUUAUCUCCAAAACCCGUUGUUGGAUUGGGUUGAGUGUGGCCCCUGGUGUCAUUGAGUCCUAGCCAUUCAUAAAGCCCAUUUAGAGUGUGUAAAAGCCAGACAGAGCACACAGCUUGUGUGUGGCUCCAAACCUUAACCCCGGUGCCAGACACACAGUCGGCAUGCAGAGAGAGAAAGCUGGCAGAAGCUACAAACAAGCAGUGUGUGUGCGCGCGCGUGUUCGAGUAAAUGUGCAAGCUUGUGUGUGUGUAUGUUAAAGUAUGCGUGUGCUCAAUAUAUCUAUGUGUGACUGUACACACAAGACUGCUUUUGUUUGUGUCAUCGUGUCAACGCACAAAUGCUUCUAUGUAUAUUUAUCAGCAUUCACGCCAAAAGCACUUGUAGCUAUUUGUUUGCUCACAGUUAAGUGUGGCUGUCUAUGUGUGGUAUGAUUGAUCUGUGAGAGGAUACGUGUGAAAGGCACAGAGAUGAGGUGGAGGAUUUCUGUGUCCACAUUUCAGACCAGACAUUUCACUGUAGUCUCAUUGCCAGCGGGCAGUAACUCCAGUGUAGUUAUCCAGUGUAAUCAUCAGAACAACCACAUUACCUUGUUCAAGUCACUGUUCUCCAGGAGAGCAAUCAGGCAACCAGCCCACAAAUAGUCCCCAUACACAUGCACCACUCAGACAAGUGAAAGUUUCCUCAUCACUUUGUAAAAACAGGUGGUCAUUUUGUUCCCUGAUUAACCCCCAACUGUGUCUGGCCUGCUGCUCAGUGCUUACCCUGCCACUUGCAAAGCCAGAUUUAGCACAAUUUAUAACCCAACACCAAGGCCACACCUGUUCACUUAGUGUAAAUUAAUUCCACAGAUGUAUUAUUUGACAUUGUUAAAUCUUUGCUGUACAUUUCAAUAUACAAAAUGACCAUUUCUAUGAAAAGAAAAUGCACUGUAGAAUUAGCACAAAAUAAUAUGUUUGGAAAAUAUGCAACAUGUCACAUGACCAGAGGUGAAGCUGAUACAGUAAAUGCUGCACAUUUUCUUAAUGGUGACAGUGAUUUUGCUUUUAUAUUCUACAUGAUUUACUGGUCAUGCAGAAAUGGGUACAUUAUUUGUUUGCAUAAUACACGUUCAGUGAGUUAUGUCCAUUCUCAGCCCCACUUAACAUAAUGACAUUAAUGAAAAAAAAUCUGACAGAGGUUAGCUGCCAUUAACCUCUGCUGUACCAGAUAAAUGUAAUUUAGAAACAAGAUCCCAUCUACAUAAAAUUAUAUUCUGUCCUUAAUUGGCUGCAUUUCCCAUCAAUCAUUUUGGAGAGCUCUGAUUGGCUCAUUCAUAUCCGGAAAAUUAAUAUAAUUUGAUAACUAACCGGGUGUCCUUCUGUAUGACCACUUUAUUUUGACAGAAAAAGUGUUUGUCCCCUGUUGUGUCUCCAAAAUAUUGUGUUAAAAUGCUGAGUGCAAUAUGAUUUAUGUAAAGACCACAGAAACAGGCAGAUCUGAGGUCAAACUACAGUAUGUUCAUGUCAUGUUUGCUGCCAGCCUGUUUCUGAUUCUGAUGAUAAACCAGUGUCUUACUAAGCAAGACAUUCAUGGUCAGUUCUUAGAAGAAGAUAUCUGUGCAUUGGAAAAUCUUCAGCUUUAAGUUGAAGCAGUUCUUGAACAGCUUUACAGAGACAAUGAAAAAUGCAGUUAGAUGUGAAUGGAUAGCUAUGAUAAUCAUAGUGAUCAAUAAACAUUGCCUACUGCAUGAAAAAAAAAAGAAAAUUGUUUGGCAGGAGAGUAAGAUGCUACCUCCUGUGACUUCCAAUGCUUUAGGGCUUACACCAGUGUUUUCCUUGUUUCUCGUUUAAUUUCCGAACACUGGUGCAGAGUCUCCUGGAACACCCCUGAGACUGUUUCACAGGCUUGAUUAAACAUAGGUUUAAUACUUCUGCUCUAAACUGGCUUUGAAAUUGACUUGAUCUAGAUUGGAAGCUGGUAAAGACAGACGUCAACUGGAAACACUGGGGUGUUUCGGGUAACUGAGACUCUGUUGGCCAAUUCUGCUGCUAUAAAUGCCUUAUUGUGAAAUGUGAGACAAAAUAAAAUCUGUUUGCUUUUAUUUAUUAUGUAACUUAUUCAUGAAAAUUAUACCAACCUCUGUCCAAAAUGUAUUUAAAAGCAUUAAGAAAAUUAAAGUCUUAAUAGAUUUUC